AUGUCGGCCGCACAGCCUGAAUCCCCUGCCAGGGAACAAUUCAGCCCCAAAGAAGUCGAGGCCCAAACGGCGGUCAGUUCGGACGGCGGCGAGUUCCUCCAGGACGACAACGGCUACCUCGUCGACGCGCACUUGGCGGGUCGCAAUGUCAAGACCACGCCCGAUGGUCGUACGGUGCUGAUCCCCCAGCCAUCUGACGCCCCGGAUGACCCGUUGAAUUGGACCUGGUCCAGAAAACACCUGUUUCUUUUCAUCAUUGCUGCGACGUCCCUUUUGCCCGACUAUGGGAGCGCCACUGGUGCCGUUACGCUGUUGCCGCAAGCUGAAAUCUGGCACAUGGACCCUAAUGUCGUCAACCACUCCCAAGUCGGCAACGUCUUCAUGAUUGGCGCCGGUGGCAUCGUCGCCAUCUGUCUGGGCGCAUACUUUGGCAGACUGCCCGUCAUGUUCUGGUUCAUGACUCUGGCAUUGGCCACGGCCAUCUGGUGUACUGCCGCAAAGACGUUUGAGUCGUUCAUGGCGGCGCGCAUUCUCAACGGCUUCUUUUCCCCCGUCGCCGAGGCAGGUGGCCUCAUGUUCAUCAAGGACAUGUUCUUCUUCCAUGAGCACGCUCGCAAGAUCAACAUCUGGGCUUCCUUCAUCAUCCUCUCGCCGUACUUUGGCCCCCUGUUUUCCGCAUUCAUCAUCGACACCCAGAAGUGGCAGUGGGCGUUCGGUCUCUACACCAUCAUGACGGGCAUCUGUGUCGUCGCCAUCUUUGCCCUUUUCGAUGAGACGUACUAUGAUCGCAAGCUGGCGCCGUGUGAGCAGCCUCGGCGCAAGUCGCGGAUCAUGAGGGUCAUAGGCGUCGAGCAGUGGCAAACGCGCCACAUGCGAAACACCUUGCCCGAGGCCGUCUCGCGUCCGUUCAGGGUCCUGAUCAAGUUGCCAGUGUUGAUUUCGAACACGUACUACCUGCUGGCUUUCGCGUGGGUCGUGGGCAUCAACACCACCUUGGCGAUAUUCUUGACGCCCUUGUAUCAUUUCGGUCCCAAGCAGAUAGGCUUCUUCUACUUCACGCCCAUCGUCGCCGCCAUCGUGGGCGAGGUCGCCGGGCACUGGCUCCACGACUUUGUCGCCCAAUGGUACCAGCGCCGCAACAACGGGCGCCUUGAGCCCGAGGCUCGUCUGGCCGUCGUUUGGAUUUCCACUCCGUUUCUAUGCGGCGGGCUCGUCUUGCUGGGCUUCUCACUCGAACACGCAUACCACUACAUGGUGGCUGCGCUGGGCUGGGGGCUCUACGUCUUCGGCAUCAUGAUCACGACCGUGGGCGUCAAUGCGUAUAACCUCGACUCCUACCCCACCGCUUCUGGCGAGGUGGCGGGUUGGUUGAACCUUUCCCGUGUGGCGGGCGGCUUCAUCAUUAGUUACUUCCAGGUUCGAUGGGCGGAGGACAUGGGCGCCAUCAAGAGCUUUGGUAUCCAGGCGGCUAUUUGCUUCGGGGCUUUCCUGUUGAUUGUUUUGCUGCAGGUCUAUGGGAGGCGCUUGCGAGAGUGGUCCGGCCAGCCGCAUUUCAAGACGGACUAG